UCGAGAAACAAGAGCUUCUAGUAGUCGACUACAAUUUAUUUUUUGUACGUCUACUCACAAAGUGCAGAAGAAAAUUCGCCAGAAAUUUCGCAAACAUGUUUCGCUUUCUCGUGGUGGCCGCGGCACUCUUCGUGCUGAGCGAUGGGCAAGCACAAAUCCAGAGAAUUAAAUUGCACAAGAUGGAUUCUAUACGAAAAGCUUUGAAGAAAGCUGGUCUUGACGUGCAACAAGUUUUGGCUGAAUAUAAUACUGCAACGGAACAUUUAUCUGAUUAUCUAGAUGUGUCAUACUAUGGUAAUAUCAGUAUCGGCACUCCACCGCAGUACUUUUCAGUAUUAUUUGAUACUGGUUCCUCAAAUCUUUGGGUGCCAUCGCAACAAUGCCAAUCUGAUAAUCAAGCUUGCUCAUCACAUCGUAGAUACGAUAGUAGCAAAUCCAGCACAUAUGAAUCAAAUGGUGAGCAUUUUGGUAUUCAGUAUGGCACUGGCAGUCUGACUGGAUUCUUAUCUACUGAUGUAGUAAAUGUUGCCGGCCUCAAUGUUCAACACCAAACAUUCGCAGAAGCGGUUGAGGAACCAGGCUCAACGUUUGUUUAUGCGAAGUUUGACGGUAUCUUGGGUAUGGGCUAUGACACGAUAUCCGAGGAUGGAGUGACACCUGUUUUCAACAAUAUGGUCCAACAAAACCUAGUGCCAGAACCUGUUUUCAGCUUCUAUCUGAAUCGAGAUGACUCUUCGGACGAGGUAGGUGAAUUGAUAUUGGGUGGUACUGAUCCCGAUCAUUACGUCGGUGAGCUCGCAUACGUUCCUGUUACUGAGAAAGGAUACUGGCAAUUUACUAUGGAUAGUGUCACAGUAGGUGAUAAUAACGUCGCGGGUAGCUACCAAGCUAUCGCUGACACGGGUACCUCACUAAUAGUUGGACCAUCAGACGUUAUCGACGUUAUUAACCAACAAAUUGGAACUGAUAAUUAUGGAAACGUGGAUUGUAGUACGAUUAAUCAGUUGCCUACAGUUGGUAUUGUUCUGAAUGGUCUAACAUAUAAUCUUACUCCUGACGAUUAUAUUCUUCAAGAUGUAGAAGACGGCGUCGCGACAUGUAUGAGCGGCUUCGAGGAAUCUGACUCAGAUCUAUGGAUUCUGGGUGAUGUAUUUCUUCGUCCUUACUAUAGCGUGUAUGAUCUGGGAAAUAACCAAGUGGGAUUUGCUCCGUCGAAAUAAAUGUCGAUUGCUCUGUUUUGAAGUUAUACCGUUAGAUAUUAGAUAUAAAUGACAACCUCGCAAAUAAUGAAAAAAAAUCUUCUUUUAUAACGUUUGAUGCUUAUUGUUUCGUAAUUUUUAAUUAUAAUUAUUCAUGCGGUGCACUGUUAUAAACGGAUAUUUUUGUGAUAUAUUCGAAAAUUAAAAUAAAGAUAUAUGCGAAAUCUUCCAUCAAUAUAAUUUGAUAUAUCUAUUAUAUAUUAUCCAAAUACAAAUAAAUCUGUUAAAAA